AGGCUGUCGGUCCUUUUCCCUGCCUGUUCUCGUGGCAGAGGCUGUGUUCAUCUGCAGGAGGAACCGUAAAACAUGCCAUCAUUAGUUUUAAGCAGCAGUGACAACGUUACCACUAUGAAUGAUGUUGACGAGGGAUCAGACAACAAUGUAGAAAUUAAGAAAAAGAAGGACAAGGCCAAGAAGAGUAAAAUGAUAGUGACAGAUGAGUCUGCUAAUUGCGAUCCACCAGCUCCCAAAAAGAUCAAAAAAGAAAAGAUGGACACAGCCGCCGGGACAGCGCAGACGUCUCCCGAUGUUAAUGGAAACAUCGGGAAGAAACCAGUUAAAGUCGAGAACCUUCAUUCCAGUGAUGAGCUCAUGACCCCGGCAGGUGAUCAGUCGGAGAAGAAGAAGAAAAAGAAAAAGAAAACAGCGACACCAGAUGAGACGACAGACGACCAAGCACAAUCUGUCAACGGCAUUAGCAAAAAGUCAUCAAAGAUUCAAGCAAAAGUUAACGGGCAUUCCACAGACUCUACCUCGACGCAGUCCAGUGACGACUCCAACAGUGAGAGUGAAAAGGAUGUGGAGACACCAGAGCAAAAAGAGGGCGCCUUCUCCAAUUUCAAAAUCUCACCGGAGACCAUCAAGCUACUCCAAGCGCGAGGCGUGACGUAUCUGUUUGACAUUCAAGUAAAGACCUUUAAUUCCGUGUACGACGGGGAGGACGUGAUCGGCCAGGCCCGGACCGGCACAGGAAAGACGUUCUCUUUUGCAAUCCCACUAGUGGAGAGGCUGCUGUCAGGAGGCGACGACAAAAGAAGAGGGAGAGCUCCAAAGGUGCUGGUUCUUGCACCCACUCGAGAGCUGGCAAUUCAGGUGUCUAAAGAUUUCAAGGACAUUACCAAGAAGCUCUCUGUUCACUGCUUUUAUGGAGGAAGCUCUUACAACCCCCAAGUGGAAGCCAUCCGCAACGGGAUCGAUGUUCUCGUUGGCACCCCAGGCCGGAUAAAAGAUCACCUCCAGAACAACAAACUGGAUCUGUCCCAGCUGAAACAUGUGGUGCUGGAUGAAGUGGACCAAAUGCUUGAUAUGGGCUUCGCUGAACAAGUGGAGGAGAUCCUCUCAGCUUCCUACAAAAAAGGUGAUGAAAGCAACCCUCAGACUCUGCUCUUUUCUGCCACUUGCCCUCCUUGGGUUUAUGAUGUGGCUAAGAAAUACAUGCGCUCCGAGUAUGUCCAUGUAGACCUUAUCGGAAAAAAAUCUCAGAAAGCAGCCACUACAGUUGAGCAUCUAGCCAUAGCAUGCCAUUGGUCUCAGAGGGCAGCAGUGAUCGGCGAUGUAGUGCAGGUGUACAGUGGCAGCCAUGGACGAACCAUCGUCUUCUGCGAGACCAAGAAGGAAGCUCAUGAGCUGUCCAUGAACACCUCGAUUAAACAGAGUGCACAGUCUUUGCAUGGAGACAUUCCUCAGAAACAACGAGAGCUCACACUGAAAGGCUUCAGGAAUGGCACCUUUGAGGUGCUGGUGGCCACCAACGUGGCUGCACGAGGACUUGACAUCCCAGAAGUUGAUUUGGUCGUACAGUGUUCACCUCCAAAGGACGUUGAGUCGUAUAUUCAUCGCUCUGGGCGAACUGGCAGAGCUGGAAGAACUGGUAUCUGCAUCUGUUUCUAUCAGCGCAAAGAAGAAGACCAGCUGCGCUAUGUUGAGCAGAAGGCUGGCAUUACGUUUAAGCGCGUUGGUGUCCCAACUGCCAACGACAUCGUCAAAUCCUCCAGUAAAGACGCAGUCAGGUUCCUGGAUUCUGUACCUCCAGCAGCCAUAGAGCAUUUCCGCACAGCAGCCGAGAGGCUAGUUGAAGAGCGCGGCGCGGUGGAAGCACUAGCCGCUGCUCUUGCACACAUAUCAGGAGCCACGAGUCUGGAGCAGAGAUCACUCCUCAACUCGGAUGCAGGUUUUACCACGUUAGUUCUCAACUGCUCUCAGGAGAUGCAUAACAUCGGCUAUGCAUGGCGAGGGCUGAAGGAGCAGCUGGGGGAGGAGAUAGACGACCAGAUCAAACGAAUGACCUUCCUUAAGAAUAAAAAGGGGGUUUGCUUUGAUGUCCCAGCCAAUAAAGUGAAAGAAAUCCAGGACAAAUGGCAAGAUGGCCGCAGGUGGGAGCUAACCAUCGCCACCGAACUUCCCGAAUUGGAGGAAAGCAUGAGGAACCGUGGAGAGCGAGGGUCCAGUGCAGGAAUCAGAGGUCGUGGCGGAUUCCGCAGCGGUUCCCGCAGUGGCUUCCGUGGUGGUAACAACCGAAGUGGAGGAAGGGGAGGAGGAGGAAGAGGAGGAAGGGGUGGAAGAGGAGGAAGGGGUGGAGGAAGAGGUGGUGCUCAGAAGAGGAACUUUAGCCAAGCCUUUGACUAUUAAACAUCCUACACUUGCUCUUGAGUGACUCUUUUUUUCUUUUUUUUUUUUAGCCUCGAUGACAUUGUCUUUAAAAAAAAUUUCCACUUGUAUUUGGGAAAUCAAUUAUUGCCCUUCACGAGAAAACUACUUUCCCAAACUUUGCAUAGACAAAACCAGCUAAUUGCCUUGCAAUUGUGUAUUUAAACAGCUAUAUUUAAGCCCAUUCACAUGAAUGUGAACUUCAUUAAAGUUGUCUUAAUGCACACAAAAAAAA